UACGAUUGUGUGUCUACAGAUCAUCAACUUAUUAGCGUGAAGGUCGCUCCGGUUCCUAAACAGUCAUCAUAUCGUUAUGUAAGUGGCGAAAUAUUUGCUUUAUCAUUUGGUGAGGAGUGCCUCGAUGUGAAUUACGCGCAGCUAUGUGGUGAUGUUUCUUCUUUGCCUACGCCUUUCCCCCGCCUUUCAGCACCGGCCACAACCCCCGGCCAGCGUGUUUCUGUGGCUCACAGAGCCAGAAUAAACCUGAAUACGCUUUCAGGAAAGGUCUAUCCCUGCGUGUUCUUUUAUACAUUUAGGGCCGAAAUUAUCCUACAGAAAGAACUUUAUUUUUCCGUUCGAACUUACGAAAGGGCUCCUCGCACUCAGUCCUCGCUUUAUCUAAAUUCUGUCUUGGAACGACUAUUGAGAGAGUCACUGUAUUGGGCCCUUGAAUCCCCCGCACACUGA